GUCGAUGGGCACGUGAACAUUUUUUUAAACACGGAUAUUUCACGUGCUCGCAUGUGGAUCCAGUUCGUAUGUGAGGAUGACCAGCCGCAGAAUUUGCUUCGCCAUUCUUCGUAGAUCCCCACCAGUAAAAGUACUGUGAACUGUGCCUUACAGUCUCACAGCGACCAGCUCCACCCGGAGUCCCAUACUCCCAUGGCGUCUUCAGCUCCUGCCCCUGCCUCUACGUUACCUUGCAGCGAAGCCCAUGACGCGCAGGCUCAGCUUCCCCACGUCGUAAUUUUCCCGUUCAUGGCCAAGAGCCACACCAUCCCACUGGCGGACCUCGCCCACCUGCUCCGACGCCGGCAGAUGGCCACCGUCACCUUCGUCACGACCCCGGGCAACGCGGCGUUCGUCCGUGCCGCGCUAGCUGGCGCCGACAGCGUGGCCAUCGUGGAGCUCCCCUUCGCCGACAACCUGACCAAGCCGGGCGCCCCGCCGCUCCCGGAGUGCGUAGAGUCCCUCGACUUGAUGUCCUCCUUCCCGGCCUUCGUCGAGUCUGUCUCCCUACUGCGGCCGCGGUUCGAGAAGACGCUCGCCGCCCUGCGCCCUCCCGCCAGCGCCGUCGUUGCCGACGCGUUCCUAUACUGGGCGCACGAGGCGGCGGGCGCGCGCGGCGUCCCGACGCUGGCGUUCUUCGGCACGAGCGUGUUCGCACAUGUCACCCGCGAGGUGUUGCUGCGCGACAACCCGGCCUCCGUGCUCACCCGCGGCACCCCGGACGCCGUGUUCACCGUGCCGGAGUUCCCGGACGUGCAGCUCGCCCUCGCCGACCUCGCGUUCCCCUUCAACGACCCGGCGACGACGGGGCCGACCCGCGAGAUGGACGCCAAGAUCGGGCACGCCAUAGCCAGCAGCCACGGCCUGAUCGUGAACACCUUCGACGCCAUGGAGGGGCGCUACAUCCAGCACUGGAACCGGAACAUCGGGCCGAGGGCCUGGCCCGUCGGCCCGCUCUGCCUCGCGCGGACGGCCGAGGCGGCGUGGCAUCAUGGCGACGUGGCCAAGCCCGCUUGGAUGCGGUGGCUCGACGAGAAGGCCGCUGCUGGCCGUGCCGUCCUCUACGUCGCGCUUGGCACGACGCUGGCCGUCGAGAGCGCUCAGCUGAGGGAGGUGGCGGACGGGUUAGACCGAGCUGGGUUAGACUUCAUAUGGGCCGUGAGACCCGUUGACGCCGACCUCGGAGCGGGCUUCGAGGAGCGCGUCCGGGGCAGGGGCGAGGUGGUGCGCGGGUGGGUGGACCAGCGCGCCAUCCUUGCGCACGAGUGCGUCAAGGGAUUCCUCAGCCACUGCGGCUGGAACUCGGUGCUGGAGAGCAUCAGCGCCGGCGUGCCGUUGGCGGUGUGGCCGAUGGGUGCCGAGCAGCCGGUCAACGCGAAGCUGGUUGUCGACGAGCUGGGAGUUGGGAUCAGAGUGCCAUCGAAAAGCAACGCGGUCAGCGGAAUGGCCCGAAGCGAGCAGAUUGCCAAGGUGACUAGCGAACUGAUGACUGGUGAGCCGGGCGCCGAUGCCGCAAGUAGAGAUGGCAACGGAUACAAACCCGCUGGGUUUUGCCGUCCCAAACCCGUACCCGUGAAAAAUAUCUAUGCCCAUUAAAAAAUCCGUAGCCGUGACGGGUUUGAGAUUUUGACCAAACCCGUACCCAUCGGGUUAACGGGUACCCAUGGGUUACCCGCGUGUUUCAUCUGCAAUAUAAUUAUCUUCUCAUAAUCAAUAAGUAUCAUAAUGAUUAAUGA